ACAAAAUGGCUGCCCCCACGUUUAACGUGUUUGUUGGUUCCGAAACAGGUUUAUUGAAAGCUAUUGACGUUAAUAAAUCAAAUUGGUCAAAUCUAAAUAGUGUCCAGUCAGCGGACAGAAAUAAAGAAAUAUGUGUUAUAUGUUGGGACAACCAAGAGCAAAAUCGCGUAAGCUAUGGAUUGAGAAAUCGAGAAAUAGGUACAUACGACACCGAAACCCAAUCACACUGCAAGCCAAUUAAAUUUGACGGUGGUAAAGGAACUUUCAAAGGCUUAGCUAAAAUUGAUGAUAAUUACAUCACUGCGGUCGAAUCUGGCCUUGUUAAAGUUUGGAAUGAAGAAUCCGUCAUCAGUGAAUUUGAAGCAGGAGAAAAGUUAUGUUUCAUGACACAAAAUCCUGAUAUUAAAAACAUUGUUGCUACUGGGGGUGAUGAAAAUGAUUUGAAAAUUUGGGACAUUGAGAAAUCGGAUCAACCAAUAUUCAUGGCUAAAAAUGUCCGCAAUGAUUGGCUCAACCUUCGUGUUCCAAUCAAGGUUCUCGGAGCGGUGUUUGUACCGAACAGCGAAGAAAUUGUCACAUGCACAGGCUAUCAUCAAGUGCGAUUGUAUGACCCUCGAACUUCACAACGACGGCCAGUAGUAGACAUGUCAUUCGAUGAGUAUCCACUCAUGUCAAUUGGAAUGUGUUACACACAAUCUAAUCAGGUAGUGGUUGGAAACACUCAGGGUAAAACGGCGUUAAUUGACUUUAGAACAGGGAAAACUGUUCAUUGUUUUAAAGGAUUUGCUGGGUCAGUGAGAUCUAUUCAGUGUCAUCCUUCACUUCCAAUCAUGGCUACUUGUGGGUUGGACAGAUUUCUUCGUAUUCAUCACAUAGAAUCAAGAGAACUUUUACACAAGUUUUACCUGAAAUCACGAUUAAAUUGCUUACUACUGAGUAAAAAUUGGAAACUUGAAAGUUUAGACGAAGGAAUCGACAUGCAUGAAGAUGACGAGGAAAAUAAAUUUGCGGAUCAUGAAGAAAAAUCAGAGGACAAUGAAGAAGUUGAAGAAGAUGUGUGGGAUCAACUUGAAGUGAUGUCAACAUCCAAAAAUAAAACAAAAAAACAAAUAUCAGAUGGUAGUGAUGAUCAUAACAAAAGAGAUUUGAGAAAGACGAAAAGAAAUGCGGAAAAACGAACUACGAGAGAAAACACAGAUAGUAAAACUGAAAUUGUUAAGAAAAAGAAAAAAUAAAGUUUUGCUUGACAAUAAUAUAAACCAGAAGCCUUGUACAUGUGUUGGUUGAUAAAAAAAAAAUGAUUCUGGGUCUCAGAUACUCCCACGUUUUUAUUUUAAAUAAUAAAAACUAAAAACUGCCUCUUUAAUUACCACACGUAAAUGUUUUCUCCUGGUUACAGAAAAUAACUUUAUAAAAAAAUGGAAUGAAUCGGAAAUAAUGUACCAUAGGCUCAAUUAUUAAGUACACAACACUGUUAAAUGUUUUUAUCAGUCAUAAGUGAUACUGGAUAAUCGGAUAUUCAACAACAUAAAAUAAAUGUAGUGCCUUGAAAUGUGAUGUUUAAUAGGUCAUUUAGUCCAGUAGUGAUUCUUUGAUAAAAUGAAAACACAAAAUAAAAACCUCCCUUAUGCAUCAGAUAGUCUGAAAACCAGAAUAGUGUGUUUGUAUGGCCUAAGUUGUUUCAUAAUAUCUGAACUUAAUAUGUAUGUAAAUACAUGUAUUAUAUUAUAUAAAGAAAAUUGAAAAAAUCA